GCGCGGCCGUGGGGAGAGACGCGGGGAGGGAGGACCAGGCGGUGGAGCGGGACGCGGGAGCAAGGGGCGGCAGGAGGAGGAGGAGGGCGCGCGGCUAGGCUGACGUGGGCCGGGGUCGCGCAGCGGGCUGUGGGCGGCGGCGGCGCGCAGCGACAGAGCGUCCCCCGGCGAGGACGAGCGAGCACGGCGCCCGCACCUCCCCGCACCGCCAGCGCUGCGCGCCACGAGGAGCGGCCGCCGCCGUUCUCCAGCUCGAGCUGCAUUGCCUCCGCGUCCGCCCCACGUUUCUCCCGCUCCGGGCCCCGCCAUGGCCCGGGCAGUGUGGUCGCGCCUCGGCCGCAUCCUAUGGCUCUCCUGCCUCCUGCCCUGGGCCCCGGCAGGGGUGGCCGCAGGCCUGUAUGAACUCAAUCUCACCACCGAUAGCCCUGCCACCACGGGAGCGGAGGUGACCAUCUCGGCCAGCCUGGUGGCCAAAGACAACAGCAGCCUGGCCCUGCCCGCCGACACCCACCUCUACCGCUUCCACUGGAUACACACCCCGCUGGUGCUCACUGGCAAGACGGAGAAAGGUCUCAGCUCCACCAUCCAUGUGGUCGGCCACGUGCCCGGGGACUUCCCGGUCUCCGUCUGGGUCACUGCCGCUGACUGCUGGAUGUGCCAGCCUGUGGCCAGGGGCUUCGUGGUCCUCCCCAUCACAGAGUUCCUUGUUGGGGACCUUGUUGUCACCCAGAACACCUCCUUGCCCUGGCCCAGCUCCUAUCUCACUAAGACGGUCCUGAAAGUCUCCUUCCUUCUCCACGACCCAAGCAACUUCCUCAAGACCGCCGUGUUUCUCUACAGCUGGGACUUUGGGGACGGGACCCAGAUGGUGACUGAAGACUCCGUGGUCUAUUAUAACUAUUCCAUCAUCGGGACCUUCACCGUGAAGCUCAAAGUGGUGGCAGAGUGGGAAGAGGUGAAGCCGGAUGCCACGAAGGGUGUGAUGCAGAAGACCGGGGACUUCUCCGCCUCCCUGAAGCUGCAGGAAACCCUUCGAGGCAUCCAAGUCUUGGGGCCUACCCUAAUUCAGACCUUCCAAAAGAUGACCGUGACCUUGAACUUCCUGGGGAGCCCUCCUCUGACCGUGUGCUGGCGUCUCAAGCCUGAGUGCCUCCCGCUGGAGGAAGGGGAGUGCCACCCUGUGUCCGUGGCCAGCACAGCGUACAACCUGACCCACACCUUCAGGGACCCUGGGGACUACUGUUUCAGCAUCCGGGCCGAGAACGUCAUCAGCAAGACGCAUCAGUACCACAGGAUCCAGGUGUGGCCCUCCAGAAUCCAGCCGGCUGUCUUUGCUUUCCCAUGUGCUACACUUAUCACUGUGAUGUUGGCCUUCAUCAUGUACAUGACCCUGCGGAAUGCCACUCAGCAAAAGGAUAUGGUGGAGGUGGCUGAUUUUGACUUUUCCCCCAUGUCUGACAAGAACCCGGAGCCACCCUCUGGGGUCAGGUGCUGCUGCCAGAUGUGCUGUGGGCCCUUCUUGCUGGAGACUCCAUCUGAGUACCUGGAAAUUGUUCGCGAGAACCAUGGGCUGCUCCCACCCCUCUAUAAGUCUGUCAAAACUUACACUGUGUGAGCACUCCCCCUCCCCACCCCAUUUCAGUGUUAACUGACUGCUGACUUGGAGUUUCUGGCAGGGUGGUGUGCACCACUGACCAGGAGGGGUUCAUGUGCGUGGGGCUGUUGGCCUGGACCAUCCAUCCAUCUGUACAGUUCAGCCACUGCCACAAGCCCCUCCCUCUCUGUAACCCCUGCCCCCAACCAUUCACCCAUCUGUACAGUCCAGCCACUGAUGUAAGCCCCACUCGGUUACCACCCCCUCGACCCCCUACCUUUGAAGAGGCUUCAUGCAGGACUUUGAUGCUUGGGGUGUUCCAUGUUCACUCCUAGGAGGGCCUGGCUGCCCACUGCCCAUUCCUCUCAUAUUGGCACAUCUGCUGUCCAUUGGGGGUUCUCAGUUUCCUCCCCUAGACAGCUUUGCCUGUGCCAGAGAGCUAGAAAGGAGGUCACAAAGGGUUACACAUCCAUAACUAAAGGUUGUACACAUAGAUGGGCACACUCACAGAGACAAGUGUGCAGGUACACACACACAGAAAUGUAAACACACGUGUCACAUGGAGAUUUCAGAUGAUCAGCUCUGUAUCCGGUUAAGUUGGUUGCUGGGAUGCAGCCUGCACUAGAGCUGAAAGGAAAUUUGACCUCCAAGCAGCCCCGACAGGUCCUGGGCCAGACCCUCCCUUUGUGCUUUGUCUCUGCAGUUCCCACACCUUUUAUAAGGCCACCCUAGUCCCUGCUUGCUGGCAGGGGGCUGGAUGGGGGGCAGUACUAACUCUUAGUGAGUGCAGAGGGCUUUAUAAAUAUCACCUUAUUUUAUCAAAACCAUAUGUGAAACUUUCAUCGAGGAAAAGGGCUUGCAGUGGUAGAAGAGGUUGAGUCAGUAGGGACUUGGGUUCCCUGUGUGUGAGGGGGCAUUCUUGCCGGCCAGCUGCUCCCGAGGUGGCCUUGAGAAGGAAGAAGCAGGAUGACAGAGCCUGAGCAGCGGAACCAGCCUGCACCCUCCCCUCUGGCCCGGCGACCUGGGCUGUGGUUGAGAGGGACAAUAAUGAGGCCAGAAGUAGCCGGAGCCAGUCGGGAAGGGCAGGGGAGGACUGUAGGGUCUGGGCUCUGUCUCUGUAACCAUCUGCUCCCAGGCUGUGUGCAGGAAAUGGCAUUUACGCUAUUGUGCAGCUCAUUCUCAUGAAAUACUGCCAUUGUUGCUAAAUAAAGCUUGUGUGCUCUGAAUAUAGCCAAGCAUA